AUGCGUCUCCGCCCACCGACACGCGCCCCACCCCCUCCCCUCCCUCUCUCUUCUAAAAGUGGGGUCCUGUCGCGGGAACCAGAACAGUGCGUACUUCAAAGUAGAGAAGAGGACGCAUACCCGAUGCAGACAUCCGCAGACAGCAAUAGCCCCACGCGCCCCCUCAGCGCCGGCGUCACGACGGAGGGCGGCGGCGGCGGCAACACCGCCGCCGCUGCCCCAACCGGUGCUAACACCAGCGGCACUACAAGGACUGCCGAACACGCUGUGGAUGAGCGCGCGCCGGCUCUCGUCGCUGCGCCGGCGUCGUCAGCGGAGGCGCUCGCGAAGUUCCUCGCCAUGUGCCUCGAUCGCAUCUGCCGCCUUGAAGCGCGGCAGUGCGUCUUCGAUACCGCCCUACAAACUCUGUUCAUGCAGGCAUACGGGCGGCAGCCGCAGCAGCCGUCAUGUGGACAGGCAGCUGUAGGAGCGCACCGUGAGGAUGGCGAGGUCAACGGCAGUGAUGCACACGAUCGUGAGCUCAGCGAGCAGUAUCUCUGCAGUCGCCACACCACCAGCUGUCGCACCUCGCCGUGGUCGCACGUAAAUCGACCACCGGCUCUCGGCGGCAGCAGCAACAGCCACCACAGCGACGAUGGCUAUGAUCGAGCAGCAGCGGCAUCGGAGUUGCACUCACAGCAGCGCUGCCGCCGGCACCGCUCACUCCGCUACACGCAGGGAUCCGACGUGCACAGGCUGCACGGCGCCGACGCGCCGGCCUCUUCUUCGUUGGAGUCCACGGCGCCCGUUGAUACAUCCGCAGCUGCUGCUACUGCUGCAGGAGCAGCAGCGAAGGGAAACGAGCGGGAUGACGCCCCCACGAAUCACAGCACUGGCAGCCAACAUCACCGUCACCAGAGCCCUGGCGCUGUAGCAGCCGCAGGCGUGGUCCCUUCGCCGUCCCCUGCUGACCUCGCUAACACCAAGUGGAAGGAGGCGAGCAGUGGCGCCGGCGCAGGUGUCGGAGGCGGAUGUGCGCAUGCUGUCCCUUCCGCAACUGCUGCCGGCAACUACCGGACUACACUCACGGCAUCUGCGGCAGUAGCAAGUGGCAGCACCAACGAGCCGCCGAUAAUAUCGCACUUUGGCUCCUCUUCCGGCGGCGGCGGCGGCGGUCGCCAGCGGCAGGGCUCUCUCGUCACGGUUGUCAGCCCGACGCACACGUCACAGGCGGAGGAGGCGGAGGCACACGCCAUCGCGGCGUCGGAGCUGAUCUCCGUGGGCGGCAGCAGCGCCCCUGCAAGCGCGGUGCCAAUGAGCGGCUUCACAUGGGCAGUUCCAGUGACGCUGCUCUCUUCGUCGGAGAACUCUCGCUGCUCCACGCCGGUCGAGUUCCACAUGUCAGCGCGCUCGUUAUCUGAGCAGCAGCAGCAGCAGCAACCGCCCACGCAGCCGUCGACGGAGGAGUGGCCAUCGUGUAUCAGCGGACACCUAGCAGAACGGGCUGACGAGAUUACUCAUGACGGGCCAGACGCUGCUCCUCCGGUGCAUCCGCAGCAGCAGCAGCAGCAGCGUGGCAGCCGACGGCACCUACGCUCGUCGCUCACGCACCUGGCACCCCUUGCCGAUCACCCCCAGCAUCCGCCAGCACGGCUCCAUCUACAGCCAACGUAUCGCAAAGGCGAGGAGCGCGAGGGCCGCGAGUCGGGCUCCUCCUCUAGGCUCGCCGCCACGGCCUUACGAAGCGCUGGCAGUACCGUCACCAGCUCCGCCACGCACAUUGGCGAUGAACUGGACGCGCUCUACCACGAGCUGAGCACCCCCCAUCCUCCCGCAUCUGUUCCUGCCUCCUCAGAGUCCGCAACGGCCAGCGGGGCUCAGGCGACCGGGACGCCGCCUCGGAAGGUGCAGUUUCCUGUCGGCACGGACAACGCCACCGCUAUCAACGAGUUGUUCGCCCAGGCAGUGCAGAACACGAUGGAGACGACGCGUAUGAAGGAAAAUCUCACGGUUCUCGUGCGCAGCGUGCACGAGGAGCGCGAGAAGCGGCGCCGGCUUCAGCGGCGCGAGGGGUCAGCCGUUCAGAGACUCUUUCAACGGGUCUUGGACAUGUCAUCGGUGAUGUUGCGGCUGCAGCGGACAGUGCGACGGAUAGCGUUGGAGGCAAGCAGCGGUCGCGCCGCUGACGCUGCAGGCUGGCAUCACCACCACCACCACCACCACCACCACCCCAGCAACAACCACAGCCACCUCCGGGAUCGUGGUGCGGAUAGCAGCAGGAGCGCCGGCGUCGGCGACCAGGACGAAGAUGGCGCCACUUGCGAUGGCGACGUCGACGACGGUGAGAGCGAGUGGCGCGAGCACUUGUGCGCGUCCUUCUCGACGGCCUCCGUGGCCAUCUCUCGCAGUCGCAGGAGCGGCAGCGUCAGUGGAAGCGGUCAUCGGCAAAGUAUCAGUGACCGCUCGGGGAACGUCGGGUACGCGGCCCUCGCGGCGCCGUUCUUCUCGUCCGGGUCUCUCUCCGCCGGAUGUGAGCGCGUCGUGCCGGCUGUCCGCUCGCCGUGGCUUUCAUCGCUCACCACGCAGUGCUCAGCGGACGUGGCGCGCGGCGAGGCCAUUCCAGGCCGCGGUGGUGCGGUGACCACGGGCACAGCCACCAGCACGCCGGUCGUCGACGGUGUGGGCAACACGCCAACGCCGCCUGACCCAUCUGGCACAGUCUCUUUUCAGCGACUCGCCGGGGCUACUUCUGUAACGGCAGCAGCGGCCGCUGCCUCUGCGGGACCACUGCUUGUGGCCGGCAGUGCCGCCCUUCCCAAGAUCAUCUCCAGCAGCAGUUCUCUCCAUUCCUUGAUCACCGCGAGCGCCGCCAUCACCACCAAUGUGAACACCACAGCAGCAACCACCACCACCACCACAACGACUACGGCAUCACGAGCAGCCAGUGCGACGUUGGUGCCGCAGUCGAUGGUGUCAUCAUUGGUGAGCGUGCCGCGGCAAGAGCGCCCGCCUUCGUUGCUGCUGUCGCCGCCCGCGAUGCUGAACGUGGGCGCCGCGGAGAGCAAGAGCAGCGCCGUCACCAGCGACUCAUCUGUUGUGCCGGCGCUGUCCAUAACGGACGUGCACUUUGGUCUGGCGCUCUCCCGGCACGCUAGUGCCACCGAGGACGAACUCCCUGCUCCGGCUCCUGACGCCGCGGCGGCCGCGGGCAGCGGCAGCGCUGGCCCCCGCGCAGAGGGCGCGGGUAGCAGCACGACCCCUGAUAGCGACGCAUGUAAUGGCGGCCGGUCGGGUCAGCGGUCGGAGAGGUAUGGUGCACAUCCCGACGGCGCGAAGGUCACGGAGCCGCAGAAGGCCCAGCAGCAUCUCGCACGACCGCCGCAGCAGCAACAGCGCCGUCAAGACGUAUCCGGUGAGUCGUCUGCUCCAUCGCCGGCUCUGUCGUCCAGCUCUUCACAGUGCCGCCAACGAGAACACAACAUGCGGCGCGCAGUCCCCGUGGCUAUCGCCACGACGGCGGUGCCGAUGCCCAUCUCUGGCGGGACCCAGCACUCUUCCACGAGUGUGUGGCACUCACCUGUGCCGCCGCCGCAGCAGCAGACCAUCUCGUCGCGCAAGAGUCCCGCGUCUGCCUUCGCAGGCGCAAGCUCAACUGCGGCUCGUGGAAACAGCAGUGGCGGCAGCAGCGUGUCGGCGCGGCGUCUCUUCGAUGCCCUGAACAGCGAGCACCGCAGCGGCGCCGUCACCGGGGCGAGUACCGUCGUGGACGUCGCCGCUGAAGUCGGCGCCAAGGGCCACGGUGGCAGCAGUGGCACUGGGGCUGUAAACACGACGGUCACUGCCAGCGCCGCCUCCCCUGCGGCGUCGUUGGCAUCCUCCGGUGCCGCACUCAAGCUCACCGGCUCCGCAGCCAGUCUAGUGUGCCGCACGUCGAACGCCCCGACGGCGACGGCACUGGCUCAGCUGGCAAGCGCACCGGUGACAGCCAGGCCUCGACCAAGGCAGCAGAGGAGCGAAGCCAGCGUCACAAAGUUGUCAACCAUGCGGCGAGAGGCGAGGCGGCCGUGGAGCGAUCUCAUCCAAUCCGCCGGCUCCGCCACACCCCGCAGCAAGGCAGCUGCUGCUGAUCGUCGUGGCAACAUGAAGGACGAUGCCUGCGGUACGGACGCGGCGGGUAGUACUUCCCUGCAAGGCUGCGAAAACCUGCCAACAUGGCGCGACGCGGCUACCAGUGCAUCGCCCACACAUAGCAGCAGUGAUCGCAGCCCCAGCUCGCACCCGCAGCACAGUCUGCUAUCGUCGUGGCUACAGAGCCCUCCCGUCCGGGUGGCAACGGCCGCGGGCGGUGACGACAAGACCAUACUGAGCCCCGUCACGCCAGCCGGUGCCACUGCCAUCGCCACUGGUGGUGAGAGACGGUGCCGACCCUCCGCUGGCGCGCCUCGGUCCCACAGCAGCAGCGGAAGCAUUACCUCUACACCACCACGACGGCUGAACGCCCAGCCGGUCCCCUCUCCGACCAGCAACGCCGCAGUCGGCGCGCGAGGCGCGAGCUUCUCGUCGCCGAGCUCAAAGUUUCAGCGGGCGCAGCCCGUUGUCACCAUCGCUGCCGCGCAUCAGCCACAGCCGCUGCUGCAGACGACUGCCACCUCUCACCAGGCAAGGAAGUGGACCUCUAUCCCCUUGAUGUCGUCGGCCACGGUGUCAGGGACGCUGCCACAUGUGCCAAUGAUGGCGUCCGUGCAGUCGGCCAGCAGCUUCCUACGCAUCACUCCGAUCCUUAUCUCACCAAGUAUGGCCCACCCGGCCUCCCCGGUGUCGCCCCUAGCGCCCGCAAGCUCCCCGUCUGCGGGCACUGGCGCGGGUGGCAGCGGCGCCACCGUUGGGCCCCUUCCCACGUGCAUCGAGCAGCCCGUGUCACCGCUCUCGUCGACGAGCCGCCGCGACCAGUGCCACCGCCUGCACUCCAGCAGAGCCCUGCACUUCAGUACCAGCUCCAGCGGCAACAACAUGAACGCCUCCCUCGCGGCGCCCUGCACGCCGCCUCCCACACCACCGCACGGCCACCCGCCGAACCUGGCGCAGCAGCAGUCUCGUGACGCGGCGGUGCAGUGGCAACAUGCAGUCGUCCUUUCCCGCAGCGCCACCGCCCUCAUGCAGACGACGAAUACGCUACCACGAGUGGUUGCGUCCCCACCCUCGCCGUCACGGCUGCCGCGUGUGGCACCCUUGAGUGCUUCGAGGCGCACCAAACCACUGGCCCCAGCAGCGGCAGCGCCGGCGUCAUCGCAGCCGGCGCGAUCAGGCUACGAAGCCAAGACUCUGGCAAGGGCUGCCAUGGCCCCGACCGGGAAGACACAGCGACCGUCCAACUCGGCUAAGGUCCGUGGCAAGGCAAAACAGGCACCGCCAAGCUCACCUCUUGCCGGCUGCGGCAGUGCUGCGGUGGCAAGAGGUGCUGCGACGCACCAGCAAGCAUCCUGCUCGUCAUCUCUCGUGGGCCACCACCCGUGCUCGAACCCCCAGCAGCUAGCAGAUGAUCCCGGCCGCCAACAGCCGCAGCGGCUGCAGACGCCGUGUUCUGCGCAGGAGAGACGCAGCGGUCGACGUGCUCGCGCGGGUCUGCCGCCGCCGCUGUCCGUUGAAACACUCUCAGACGCAUCCGUCUCCGCGCUGCGCACGAGCAGCGUGGGGACAGCUGGGUCGAUGGACGUCGAAAAAGGCAUCACGAAGGGCGACGUCGGUGACGGCGUGAGCGGCGCGCUAGCGCUGCACAAUCAUGGCGGAGGCAGCUGCGCCACGCUGGUCACCCUCGUUGCUGUCGCAGGUGCUGGUCAAAACCGGGGCUCCUCGGCGCAGCUGCACCCGCCGGAGCUGAUCGCGGAGAGAUGCCAGGAAAAGAGCGGUAGAGAACGAGGAUCGCCUGCCGCUGCGGCGGUGUCAUCGUUGCCGGCUACCCCGACUGCAGUGGCGGCCGCAGGCGUGACGGGCGUCAUGCGCAGCUCCAACCGCAGUAGCAACGCCUCCGAUGCCAACGUGGACAGAGCAGCCGGUCUGGAGGCCGGAGAGCAUGUGGAUAACGACGACGACGACAGCUUUGUCCAGCACGCAUUCCGACGAUUACCGUUGCAACAGCAGCAGCAGCAGCAGCAUUACUCACUGGCCGCUGCCAGCGUUGGUCCUGCAUCUGCCAUGGACAACGCCGCAUCGCACGACUCCUCCACCUCGUCUUCGCAUACGUCGACCCCUACCAUGCCGUCUCCCUCCGACAUGCGCUCCUCAUAA